AUGGCGACCAUUGCCUUAUCUCGACCCGUUGCACCACAUCGUCCCACCUCCCUAACCUCGACCAUCACCCUCGACAGCCACCCUUCGCAAUGUCCCGUCCCCGUGCCUAACAAGCACAUCCCCGUGUGUCCGCCAGGACCCAUCCCCCAGGAGGAGCCCACAACGCCGCCGCCGUCGCCGGUUAAGGAGGAUGGUCAGCUGGCCCGCUCGCUAUUACACCCCCCGGACAAGUACCCCCGUGUCGACAUGGGCCGGCUGUCUCUCUACAAGGUCGAUGCCGAUGGUGUGGCCGCCGCCAUGGACCAUGCCGCCCGCCAGCCGCUUCCGGAACCGUCCCAGGUCUUCCCCUGGCUGCACGGCCUCCACCCGUCCAACGCCAUUCAGCAAGCUUUCUUCAUGGCCCGGAAGCGUGCCUUGCGGAGGACACCACCGUGUCUCCGCAGCAUCACCGUGGUCAAGGCCGACGGGGAUCUCAGCGUGUCCCGGCUAAAAGGCGCCAUCUCCCCGGACGAGUUCCUACAACUCGAGGGGGCCGUUUCCGAGUUCAUCGAGGCCGAUCCGAGGGAGGGCUUCUCGGUGCGCAACUUCCAGAUCCAGGCCGCCAAGUCGGCCAUGACCUCGGACAUCAUUGUCUACGGAAGCGACGAUGUGGCCGUGCGCAAACUGGGCUGGGACAUCGCGGCCGCCCAGCAGAGAUGGCGGGACCGGCAUGACGCCAUGCGCCACCACCUGCCGCGGUACAGCACUUUCAUCUGCACCAGCCCGUUCGCCGAGUUCGAGGAGAAGCACCCGGAGAUCGUGUCGGUCAACUCGGAGGGCCUGCUCACGGGGACCGUGCUCGACUUUUUCCACCAGGAGCGGCGCGAGAUGUACGACAUGACGCGGGCAUCGGAGAUCUCGCACAACGUGUGGCUUGGUCCGACGCCCGACGCCGGGUCGGAAGAAGAGCAGUCCUACGACAUUCUGAUCGAGUGCAAUGACCUGGGCCGCCUGAACCCGGCCGCGCUGGCGACCAUCGCCGAGGGCCCGGACGACGAGACCAAACAAUACCACCUCGACUUCCCCUCCUCAGGCAGCAUCCUCGCGCCGACCUGGUCGCACGCCGAAGCCGACGGCAUCCUCGAAACCUGCACCUGGAUAUACCACCUCGCCCACGGCACCCGCCCCCUCGGUCCCACCCCCCAAGAAGCCUCCCAACAACUACCACCGCAGCAACUACCGACCACAACCCGCCCCCGCAAAAUUCUCCUCCACUGCAACGACGGUUACACCGAAUCCACCCUCCUCGCCGUCGCCUACCACAGCCUAGCCACGGGGCAGCCCGUGCCGCAGGCCUGGCUGGACCUGCACACGGCGCGCCAGCGCAACCUCUUUGCCUACCCCUCCGACGUCGGCCUACUGGGCGCGAUCGCCCCGCGAUUGAUGCAGGCGUCCCCCGCUCGCGGCGCUCUAGCCACGGCAGGGUUAGGAACGGCGGCGGUAAAGGAAGGGGAGGAGCUGGAGGAGCCGCGGUGGUGGGCCGGGUUUGACGGGUCGUUUCCCAGCCGCGUGCUGGAGUACAUGUAUCUGGGCAACCUGGGCCACGCCAACAACCCGGACCUGUUGCGCGCGCUCGGGGUGGGGCAGAUCUUGAGCGUGGGCGAGACGGCCAUGUGGAGGGAUGGCGAGCUGGAGGCGUGGGGCGAGCAGAAUGUGUGUCUGGUCAAGGGCGUGCAGGAUAAUGGGAUCGAUCCGUUGACCGACGAGUUUGCGCGGUGCUUGGAGUUUAUUGACCGCGGGCGACGCAACGGCACCGCCACAUUGGUACACUGGCCGCGUGGGCGUCUCCCGCAGCGCCACCAUCUGCAUCGCCGAGUGAUGCGCAGCCGCCGCAUGUCGUUCCCGCGCGCCUACUGCUUCGUGCGCGCCCGCCGCCUCAACGUCAUCAUCCAGCCGCACCUGCGCUUCGCGUACGAGCUGCUCAAGUGGGAGGAGCUGCUGCUGCGUAGUGGUGGUGGUGGUAUGGUUGGUGGUGACCAUGGAGAAGAUGGCGGGUUUGAUGGUGACGGCGGCGGCUUCAAGCGCGAGCUGGAGUGGGCCGAGAUUGCGCGCGAGAUCGCUCUCAUGAAUAAGCCUUAUGCUCGCUGA